AUGUGUGAUGAAUCCUUUGAUUCGGCUGUUAAGUAUGUCGCUGAAACAACUACUAUGAAGGCAACUGACGAACAAAAGCUCUUGUUUUACAAAUACUUUAAACAGGCCACCGUUGGAGAUUGUAACACAUCAAAGCCUGGAUUUAUGGAUUUUAAGGGCAAAGCUAAAUGGGAAAGCUGGAAUUCCGCAAAGGGCAUGAGUAAGGAGGAAGCAAAAAGGUCAUAUGUGGAAUUAUUGACUAAACUAGAACCAAACUGGAAAUCAUCAUAA